AUGCCCCGCGUCAAAGAGCGCCGCGACGGCAAGGACAGCGCCUCGCUCGUCGUAGGCGUGCGGGUCUUGGCGGACCUUAACCAACAAGCGCCGGCGCCCGCCCCCGCGGAGCGCAGAGAGGGCGCCGCAGCCCGGAAGGCGAGGACCCCCGGCCGCCUGCCGCCCGCCCCACCACCCGCCCCCGACCCACCCCCCGGCGCCGACGGCGUGGCGGCCGCGCCCCUCAGCCCGGCGUGGAGCGAGCCCGAGCCCGAGGCGGGGCUGGAGCCGGAGCGAGAGCUGGGGGCCGCGGGGAGCGGCGAGCCCGGCCUCAGACAAAGGGGCCGGCGGGGUCGAAGUCGCGCCGACCUCGAGUCCCCGCAGAGAAAGCACAAGUGCCACUGCGCGGGCUACGAGAAAGUUUACAGGAAAUCCUCGCACCUCAAGGCGCACCUGAGAACUCACACAGGGGAGCGCCCCUUCGCCUGCAGCUGGCAGGACUGCAACAAGAAGUUCGCGCGCUCUGACGAGCUGGCGCGGCACUACCGCACGCACACGGGCGAGAAGAAGUUCAGCUGCCCCAUCUGCAACAAGCGCUUCAUGCGCAGCGACCACCUGACCAAGCACGCGCGCCGCCACGCCAACUUCCACCUGGGGAUGCUGCAGCGGCGCGGCGGGGGCUCGCGGAAGCGCUCGCUCAGCGACUACAGCCGCUCGGACGCCAGCAGCCCCACCAUCAGCCCGGCCAGCUUGCCCUGAGCGCCGGCGGCGGGGCGGGGUGGGGCGGCGGCCGCGGCAAGCCACGCCCCAUCCUUACCACGCCCACCCUAGGCCCCGCCCAGCCCCGCGGCCCCUCCUCCUUACCACAGCCAUGAGCAGAUGCUCUC